AUGCCUCAACUCAACCCCCACCCAUGAUUUGUAAUCCUAUUAUUUUCAUGAAUUAUGUUCAUUACUAUUCUCCCAAAAAAAGUAAUAAAAUUUUCAUUCAAUAAUGAGCCCACAUCAAAAAGUGCAGAAAAACCUAAACCUGAAUCUUGAAACUGACCAUGAUCCUAA